AUGGCCUUCACAACCAAGUGUAGUGCCCGUGCAAUUAGGUUCUUGAAAUCUGCUCGAGGAGACUCUAUCAAUUCCAUUCUACAGCCUGAUGCUUGUGGGGUACUUGGGAUAUCGUAUGAAGAAGAACCCGAACGCCUUCUGAGCACGCAGGAGACCCAAAUACAAGGGACACCCCAAAUGUCAAUCUCCAUGCCUAGCAAUGAUGUUUUCUUGGAUGAAUUCUUUGAUUGGUAUCAGCUUCCCUUGAAUGAUGAGUUGUUGUUCGAUGGAAUGUUUCCGGAAUCAAUGUGGAACGAAAUGGGAAAGCAAAACGAGGGGCAGUCUUGA